AUGAAUGCCAAAUUACAUCGUGUAUUGCUAAUUUGUGUUGGACCUGCAUUGAUGUUGAAGUUUGAAGACGAUAUAGUGAGCAGUAGCCAUUGGAAACCACUGCUUUUCUCCUCUCUCUCAACAUUAUACCCUUGCCCACCAACGCCAAAGAGCCCUAGGCCACCAUCGAGUGCAGUUUAUUGCCCAAGGGAUGCCCUAAAGCUAGGGGUAUGUGCUAACUUAUUGAACGACUUGGUUCACGUUUUUGUGGGUACCCCACCAAAGAGCCCUUGCUGCCCUCUCCUGGGGAGCCUUGCUGAUCUAGAAGCUGCUGUUUGCCUUUGCACUGACAUUACAGCCAAUGUGUUGGGAAUAAACCUCAACGUUCCACUCUCCUUGAGCUUGGUCUUGAACUACUGUGGUAAGGGUGUCCCUAAGGGCUUCCAAUGCGCCUAA